GGGAAACUUUCUCUCGGGGAGGGCGGGGAGCACGGGAGCGCUGGUGCAAACUCUCUCCAUCCGUGGAGGUGUCGCUCAACAAAGCCUUGGCUGGCAUGAUGUAUUUGGAGCAGGGGGUUGGUCUAGAUGUGACCUCCUGAGGUCCUCGGUUUCUAGGAUUUUCAUUGCACUUAUUACACUGUUUACUACAAGCAAUCCUGGGACUUCCGACACAAGCGGUUCCUGAAAACCGGAUCUUAAGUUGAAACAUUGUAACUCGGAACCAAUGUGCUCAUAAGAAACAAUGUUAUAAAUGAUACCCGAUACCCUAUUUUCACCAAAAAUACCCCAGAAUUUUGUACUCGAUCAAUUAUAGAUGAGUAAUAUAGCUACAAUAAUGUAUUUAUAUUGUAAAUAGCAAUCAUACUGAUUUGGAAGAACUUCUCUGAGGUGGCUUUGCUGGAUUUUUUGAAAGGACUUUUUGGAGGGUUCUUGGCUGGAGUCGUCUCAGGAGUCUCCGCUGCAGGUUUUUUCUGGAGUCCUGUCUGCUUUCUUAAAGAAAGUGUCCAAGGAAAUUUGGACAGCUGUUCUCCAGGGAGAUGAGCCACGCCGCGAACUACUUUGCUGGCGUGGCGUCGCAUCGGAUCAAGCAUUGUAAAGCCGAAAUGGAGGUCAGAAAGUUGAAACGGGAUGUCCAUUUAUAAAAGUUGGCUCUGGAGAUGGCGGGGUUGGGAAUGAGGAGCCCAGUGCAGCUUUGCUCACACCCCAGGGUCCGGGUGGGCUUCCUGGCCUGGCUCUCCAUAUGGAUGACAGCAGCAUCAUCUAAUGGGCGCUGGUGCGAGCGCACGGUGCAGGUGACGGAGGAGGAGGUGCUGAGCCCCCGGCGUGAGAACGUGGUGCCCUGCGCCAGCGUGUACCAGUACAACCUGGCGGGCUGGCGCCUCGACCAGGAGAGGAUGCGCCAGGCUUACGGCGGGGACUUGGGCAUCGCCCACUACUACGCCCAGUCCGGGCCCUCCGACUCCAUGUGCUACAUCUACAAACCCCAGGACACGCGGCCCCUGGUGUGGAACCGCACGGUGCGAGCCUGCUGCGAGGGAUGGAGUGGACCCCGCUGCACGGAGGGUGAGGGCUUGCUGGGCCACUGCUUCUCCACCUGGCAGUGCCAGGACUUCCCGAGCGCCCUCAACCUGUCGCUGAUGAGCAUGGCCGAGUGUUGCAGCCAGCCCUGGGGUCACAGCUGGAGGAACACGUCCUCCGCGCUCUGCUUCAGCUGCGCCUACUUGCCCCUCACAGGAGACCUGCCAGGACCCUUCCUGCUCCGGCCGUCUCCCCCCACCGCCCUGCUGGGCCUGUCUCGGGGCGGCCAGCGCCUCUUCGCCACCUGCGUGACGUGGGCCGGCGUCCAGUACCGCAGCUUCGAUGGGAAGCACUUCCGCUUCCAUGGGGGCUGCACCUACAGCCUGGCCGCUGCCUCCGACGGCACCUGGGCUGUCUACAUCUCCGCCGGGGCCAGGGGUUGCACCCCACCGGGGCGCUGCACGCGGGCUCUUCGCAUGAUGUUCGGGCUGGACCUGGUUGUGGCCGAAGGCCGGAGCAUCUUGGUGAAUGGGGCCACAGUGCCGGAGGGGCAGCCGUACCUGCAGAACGGGAUCAGCAUCCGCUGGCUUGGGGACUUCGUCUUCGUGGAGAGCGGCCUGGGUGUGCGAGUGAAGUCGGAUGGGCGUGCCACCGUCUAUGUCACGGUUGGUGCUGAGCUGCGGGGCACCACGCGUGGGCUCUGCGGGCGCUACAAUGACGACCCCACAGAUGAUUUCCUGCGUGUCGGAGGGGACGUGACCACGCUCGCUGCCAGCUUUGGGAACUCUUGGAGGAUCCCGGAGGCCGGCACGGAGCAGCCCUGCGAGGACGCGGCGGAGGUCAGACACAGCUGCGAUGAAACAGGAGACGGCGCCGUGCGGCGGGAGGCUGAGGCCAUGUGCCAAAAGCUGCUGGCCAAUCCUUUCAGCCAGUGCCACUCCGAGGUGGACCCAGGUGGCUUCUACGAUGCCUGUGUGUACGCGUACUGCCAGGAGCCGGGGGCUGGGGCUGCGCUGCCUGGUGCCGUCUGCGAGACCUUCGCCAGCUACACCCGGGACUGUGCCCAGCACCAUAUCUACGUGGACUGGAGGCGGCCUGGUUUCUGCGAGAAGCAGUGCGACGGGGGCAAGCAGUACUCGGACUGUGUGUCCUCGUGCCCAGCCAGCUGUGCGGCUGCAGGCGCUGCCGAGGAUGGGCACUGCCGGGAUGAGUGCGUGAGCGGUUGUGAGUGCCCGCCCAGUCUGUACCUGGAGCAGGGCGCCUGCGUACCUGAGGCUGCCUGCCCCUGCUACCACCGCCGCCAGCGCUACUCCCCGGGGGACGCCAUCCAGCAGCGCUGCAACCAGUGCACGUGCCAGGGCGGGCACUGGCUCUGCUCCCAGUACAAGUGUGCGGCCGAGUGCGCCGUGCUGGGCAACCCGCACUAUGUGACCUUCGACCGCAAGCGCUACUCCUUCCACGGGGCCUGCGAGUACAUCCUGGUGCAGGACUUUGUGGAUGGGAAGCUGCGGAUCACGGCUGAGAGCACGACUUGCGGGAGCUCUGGAACCGUGAGCUGCUUACGGGCGCUCACCGUGACGGCACACAAGACCUCCGCACAGCUGCGCACCACAGGAGACGUGGUGGUGAAUGGGCACGAGGUGGACUUGCCCUUUGCAGGCACCGACCUGACCAUCCGGAGAGCCUCGGCCUCUUUCCUGCUGCUCCAGGCUUUUGGAGCCCACGUGCUGUGGGGGCUGGAGUUCCCUGCUGCCUACAUCACCCUCCAACCCGCCUUUGCCCACAAGGUGCGUGGGCUGUGCGGCACGUACAACUGGAACCAGCAGGAUGAGUUCACAACACCAGCCGGGGAUGUGGAGGCCAGCGCGGCUGCCUUCGCCCACAAGUUCCGGGUGUCGGGUGAGUGCCCCGUGCCCAGCGCCGCCACCUUCGACCCCUGCAGCACCUACGCCCAGCACCGCGCCUUCGCCGAGGCCGCCUGUGCCGUGCUGCAUGGCCCUGCCUUCCAGCCCUGCCACCACCUGGUGGACCGGGAGCCCUUCCACCAGCUCUGCCUCUAUGACGUCUGUGGCUGCCCCGCCGACAAGGACUGUUUGUGCGGAGCCGUGGCUGCCUAUGCCCGGCAGUGUGCCCAGGAGGGGGCCCCGGUGCCAUGGAGGAACCAGACCUUCUGCGGUGUGCAGUGCGGUGGGGGCCAGGUGUACCAGGAGUGCAGCGCUCCCUGCCGGAAGACCUGCUCUGACCUGCACCUGGAUGGGGCCGGUGCCUGCCAGGAGCUGGACGUCUGCGUGGCUGGGUGCAACUGCCCUGAGGGGCUGGUGCUGGAUGAGGGCGGGCAGUGCAUCCCGCCUGCCAUGUGCCCCUGCCUGCAUGGGGAUGAGACCCACCCACCGGGCAGCAGGAUCCGCCGGAGCUGCAAUACCUGUGUCUGCAUGGACGGAGCCUGGAAUUGCACGGAUGCCAGCUGCCCCGAGGCCGUGAGCUGCCCUGGGGAGCUGGUCUAUGCCUUCGGGGGCUGCUUGCACACCUGCGACAGCCCGGAGGGCAACCUGAGCUGCUCUGGCCUCACCGAAGGCUGCGUUUGUCCCCCUGGCACUGUCUUCCUGAACGAGCGCUGCGUCUCCCCGGAAGAGUGUCCCUGCCAACACAACGGCCGGCUGUACCAGCCCAAUGACACCAUCAUCAAGGACUGCAACACCUGCGUGUGCCGGAGCCGGCGCUGGCAGUGCAGUAGCCACCGGUGUGCAGGGACCUGCAUGGCCUCGGGGGACCCCCACUACAUCACUUUCGACGGGCGGGCCUUCUCCUUCCUGGGCGACUGCGAGUAUGUGCUGGUGCGCGAGCACGGCGGCCUCUUCUCUGUCACUGUCGAGAACGUGCCCUGCGGCACCAGUGGCAUCACCUGCACCAAAUCUGUGGUCGUGGAGAUCGGCAACACGGUUGUUCACCUCCUGAGAGGAAGGGCUGUGACGGUGAACGGAGCCUCUGUGCGGCCGCCCAAGGUUUAUGGUGGGAACGGCCUGACCCUGGAGCGCGCCGGCCUCUUCCUCAUCCUCAUCUCCCAGCUGGGGCUCACAGUGCUCUGGGAUGGAGGCACCCGGGUGUACGUGAAGCUGGACCCCGUCUUCCAGGGCCGCGUGGCAGGGCUGUGCGGGAACUUCGAUGGGGACACGGAGAAUGACUUCACUAGCCAGCAGGGCAUGGUGGAGCCCACGGCCGACCUGUUCGGCAACUCCUGGCGUGUCAGCCUCCUGUGCCCCGAGGUCAACGAAGGGGACUUUGAGCACCCCUGCACCGAGAACUCGCACCGCGCCACGUGGGCCCGGAAGCGCUGCAGCAUCCUCCUGCAGAUGCUCUUCACCCCCUGCCACGAGGAGGUGCCCUGCCAGCAGUUCUACGACUGGUGCAUCUUCGACGCCUGCGGGUGCGACUCCGGGGGCGACUGCGAGUGCCUGUGCACGGCCAUCGCGGCCUACGCCGAGGAGUGCAAUCAACGCGGGGUCUACAUCCGCUGGCGGAGCCAAGACCUGUGCCCUAUGCAGUGUGACAACGGACUGGAGUACGAGGCCUGUGGCCCCGCCUGCCCUCAGACCUGCAAGACCUUUGGGCUGGAGUUGGCUGAGCACUGCGAUGCUGUCUCCUGUGUGGAGGGCUGCUUCUGCCCUGAGGGCAAGGUCCUGCAUGGCGGGAGCUGCAUCGACCCCUCUGAGUGCCCCUGCUACUGGGAGGGCACCUCGUUCCCAUCAGGCACUGCAGUGAAGCAGGAGUGUAAGAACUGCACGUGCGAGGCAGGGCUGUGGCAGUGCGAGGCCCUGGCAGAGCCCUGCGCGGCCCGGCCUGGUUGCCCCGAGACAGAGUUCGCCUGCCGUGGGGGUGGGCGCUGCGUGCCAGGUGCCUGGGUGUGCGACAACGAGGACGACUGCGGGGAUGGCUCGGAUGAGUUCUGCACCCUGAGCUGCGCCCCACACCAGUAUCAGUGCAUCAGCGGGCAGUGCGUGCCCUGGGGCUACCGCUGCGAUGGCACUGCUGACUGCCUGGACCUCUCGGACGAGCAGGGCUGCCCCCCGCCCGGGUGUGGCCAGCACGAGUUCCACUGCGCCAACGGGCGCUGCAUCCCCCGUGCCCAUGUCUGCGAUGGCGAGCUUGACUGUGGCUUUGCUGACACGUCCGACGAGGCAGGUUGCGGCCCACCCUGCGGCACGGCGGAGUUCCGGUGCGCGGCAGGCCGGUGUGUGCCAUACUUGCACCGGUGCGAUGGGCACGAUGACUGUGGGGACUUGAGUGAUGAGCGGGAGUGUGUGUGCCCUGCUGGCCACUUCCAGUGUCCGGAUGCGCUAUGCUUGCCACAGCAGCAGGUGUGUGACGGAAGGAGUGACUGUCUGGCCGGCGCUGAUGAGGCCUUCUGCCCAGGCCAGGUGACUUGCGCCCCCGGGCAGCUGCCCUGCCCUGAUGGCACAUGCAUCAGUAGGGUGAAGGUGUGUGACGGCACACGGGACUGCUGGGAUGGCUCGGACGAGAGUCCCACGCAGUGCCUGGCAGUGCUGCCCAGCCCCACAGCCAUCACCGUGCCCAUGGUGCUGCCAGUGACACGCCCCCUACCGACCAACCGCACCUUGGCUCCCCCCUGCAGCCGCUAUGAGUUCCAGUGCCGCAGCGGGGAGUGCCAGCCGCGUGGCUGGAUGUGCGACAAUGAGGCUGACUGCCUGGAUGGCAGCGAUGAGCUGGACUGCAACAGGACCUGCGGGCUGGAUCAGUUCCCCUGCAUGCUCAGCGCUGAGUGCAUCCCCUAUGGGCAGCUCUGCGAUGGCCUCCCCCAGUGCCGCGACCAGUCUGAUGAGAGCACUGACAACUGCGGGUCCACGCAGAUCCCGCCAUGCCCGGGGCUUUUCGUCUGCAACAACCGCCUGUGCGUGAAUGUCUCCAAGGUGUGUGAUGGUACCCCGGACUGCCCCCAGGGCGAGGACGAGAUCGCCUGUGAGAGCCGUGUCCUGCCGGCUGACCAGAACCGGACCGUGGGCCCCUGUGCCGAGUACUCCUGUGGCAAUGGCAAGUGCAUCACCUUCAAGCAGGUGUGCAACGGGCUGGCGGACUGCACGGAUGGGAGCGUGACCUCUGGCUGGCUGCCCUCAGACGAGCAGGACUGCGGGCUCUGGAGUGCCUGGGCACCGUGGAGCAGCUGCAGCCGGUCCUGCGGGACGGGGCUGCAAGUCCGUCGCCGUGUCUGCACCCGCCGGGCUGACCACGUGUUGCGCCACUGCCACGGCGAGGAGACGCAGGCCCAGCAGUGCUUUGCCGUGGCCUGCCCUGUGGAUGGAGCCUGGAGCGAGUGGGCAACAUGGUCCAACUGCACCCAGGACUGCCGUGGGGUGGUGGUGCGGCGCCGGGAGUGUGUGCCUCCCCAGAACGGGGGCCGGCCAUGCAUCGAACUGCCCGGGGACUCGCCCAGCACCCUGGAGAUCCAGCCCUGCCAGCUGGAGGGCUGCCUCAAUGUCACCGCCUGCCCCGGGGACCUCGUGAGCCGCAGGUGCGCGCCCUGCCCCGCUUCCUGCACCGACCUGUCCAGCAAGGUGAAGUGCCGCAGAGACCGGCCCUGCAGCCCAGGCUGCUGGUGCCCGGAUGGGUUGGUGCUGGCCGGGGAGCGGCGGUGCGUGCGGCCGCGGGAGUGCCCCUGCGAGGUGGAGGGCGUGCGCUACUGGCCCGGGCAGCUGGUCAAGGUCAACUGCCGCAUCUGCACCUGCCAGGACGGGCAGCCCCGGCGCUGCCGCCAGAACCCCGAGUGCACAGUGAACUGCGGCUGGUCGGCCUGGUCACCGUGGGGCGAGUGUCUGGGGCCAUGCGGCGUGCAGAGCAUCCAGUGGUCCUUCCGCAGCCCCAACAACCCCAGCAAGCACGGCAAUGGGCGCCAGUGCCGCGGCAUCUAUCGCAAGGCCCGCAGGUGCCAGACAGAGCCAUGCGAGGAGUGUGAGCAUCAUGGGCGGCCCCACGCCGUCGGCGACCGCUGGCGCUCGGGGCAGUGCCAGGUGUGCCAGUGCCUGCCCAACCUGACAGUGCAGUGCUCCCAGUACUGCCCCUACAGCACCGUGGCCUGCCCCGAGGGCCGGGUGCUGGUGGAGGGCACGGGGGAGGCCUGCUGCUACUGCGCGGAGGCUGGUGAGAACAGGACCACGACACUGGCCGUGCCGACAGCCGAGCCCCCGGGGACCAGCGUGGCCGGCCCCAGUGCCCCCACCAGCCCGCCUCUUUUCACCUUCCCACUGCCGCCUCUCGGAGACCGCUGCUACGGCCCCCUGGGCCUGGCCUCCUUGCCGGACAGCAGCUUCUCUGCCUCAUCCCAGCAACCCGAGAACCCCGCGCAUGCCGCGCGCCUCAACCGGGCGCUGCCGGGGCUGGACCUGCAGGGCUGGGGGCCCCAAGCGGACGUGUACCCCGAGCUCCUCUCCAACCCCCCUUACUUGCAGGUGGACCUUCUGGAGCCCAAGAACCUCACUGGGGUGGUGGUGCAAGGUGCAGGCUCCUCGGAUGCCUACGUCACCAGCUUCCUCCUGCAAUUUAGCAUGGACGGGGUGAGAUGGCAUGACUACCGCGAGGCCUUCCCAGAUGCGCAGCUGGAGCCCAAGCUCUUCCAGGGCAACUUUGACGAUGCAACCCCCGUGGUGCGAACUUUCCAGCGCCUGGUGCGGGCCCGGCACGUCCGCAUCCUGCCCCAGGACUUCCACAACGGCAUCUUCCUGCGCGCUGAGCUGCUGGGCUGCGAGAGAGUGCCCCCCGCGCUGCCUGGAGCCCCCAGCACGCUGCCUGCCCACCGGCCCUGCCGCACCGGCCAGUUCCAGUGCCGCAAUGGGCGCUGCGUCCCCGCCGGACCCCGCGGUGCUGUCUGUAACGGGGUCGAUGACUGCGGAGACCUCUCAGACGAGCUGCGCUGCGGGAUUGCCCCAUCGCUGGCGCCCUCAACCCCAUGGCCGUGCCCGCUGUCCCACUUCCCCUGCACGGGGACCGGGGGCUGCGUGGACGCGGCCCGGAGGUGCGACGGCAUUGCCGACUGCCUGGACGGCACGGACGAGGCCGGCUGCGUCACCCUGCAUGGGAGCACAGUGCCUCCUGCAGGCACGAUGAGCCCCUCCACCCCCGGGACAGCCCGUGUCUGGAGCACGCCCAAGGAGGCGCUGGUGUGGACCGACAGCUGGCCGUUCCCCGACGGCAUCCUGCCCACCCCCGCAGGUCCUUGCACCGAGCCGCUGGGGCUGGACGACGGCCGGAUCCGGGACCAGCAGCUGAGCGCAUCCUCCCACCGGGAAAGCAACCCCCCAGGCGCUGGGCGUCUCAACAGCAUGCCCAAUGUGCCGAACAUCGAGGUGGGCUGGAGCCCGCUGCCGGACGACCCCAGCCCCUACUUCCAGGUGGACCUGCUUCAGCCCACCUUUGUGAGCGCCGUGGUCACGCAGGGCGGGACACGCUCGGGGGGGUUCAUCACCCGCUACCGCCUGGCCUACAGCUACGACGGCGUGCACUACCGCGACUAUGCCCCCCGCGGCGGCCCGGCACAGGUGCUGGAGGGCAAUGUGGACAGCAGCACACCUGUGCGGCAGGAGCUGAGCCCCGCCAUCCUGACCCGUUCCCUGCGCCUGGUGCCUGUGGCAUUUCACCGCGGCAUCUACCUGCGCCUGGAGCUGCAGGGCUGCCCCUGGGGUGCUGCUCCCCCAGGGACCGGACCUGCCAGUCCCGCUGCUGCCUCAGAGCCACCCCCAGCACCCCCGGGGACUCCAGCUAGGAUGCCCAGCAUAGCCAACGAGAGCAGUGAGGCCAAGUCCACGAGCAAGCCAAUGCCCACGGGAGCAGAGCCACUGGAGACAACAGUCCCUGCCGCAGCCAUCCAGAGCCCCUUGCCGGGGACACCAGCCGGGACGCCGGGGCUGCGGGAGAAGCCCGAGCAUACUGGAGCCCCCGCGCUUGCCAGCAUCAGCCCCGGUGCGACAGAGCCCCCCAGAGCAGUCGUGCCUGGGCUAAGCACCCCCAUGCCCACCACAGGGGCUCCGGGGACCCCCGGGCUGCCCUGGGCACAGGUGACCUCUCCUGGGACACCGCGCCUGCCGGGAACCACCCCGCCAGCCAUGGCUGCUGUGACGGUGUCAGCUGGAGACCGCGGGAUGCCUGGGAUGCUCACGGGAUCCUCCAUCCCAGGCUGGCCUGGGCUGGCCACCACCCUCCCAGGAGCUGCGCUGCCCCGGCUCCUGUGCACCCAGGGCCAGUUCUCCUGCGAGGUGCUGGGCUGUGUGGAGGCGGGCGCCGUGUGCGACGGGCGCGAGGACUGCCUGGACGGCUCUGAUGAGUGGCAAUGCGGCGGCCCAACGCCCUUCACGGUGCCCCCCGCCACCCUGCCAGUGCCCGACAGCCGCCCCGGCGCCUGCUCCCCCAAGCAGUUCCUGUGCGGCAGUGGGGAGUGCCUGUCCCCGGACAAGCGCUGCGACCUGCACCACGACUGUGCCGACGGCUCCGACGAGAGCAGCUGCGUUGACUGCAUCCUGUCUCCCUGGAGUGGCUGGAGCGAGUGCAGCCGGUCGUGCGGGCUGGGGGUGACCUUCCGGCGCCGGGACCUGCUGCGCCGUGCCUUGCCCGGCGGGCAGUGCGAGCGCAACGAGUUUGACAGUCGCUCCUGCUUCCUCCGCGCCUGCCCAGUGCACGGUGCCUGGGCCGCAUGGGGCGAGUGGUCGGACUGCGAUGCGGAGUGCCGGGGCGGGGUGCGGAGCCGCACGCGGAGCUGCGCCGACCCCCCGCCCAAGAACGGGGGCCAGGCUUGCCCCGGUGACGCUGUGCAGACAGAGCCCUGCAACCUGCAGCCCUGCGGGGAUGCCCGCGACUGUGGCCCUGAGAUGGUGUACGUGCAGGCUGCGGACUGCGAGAGGGGCCUUGUGGCGCCGUGCCCCCAGGCCUGCCGCGACCUGGGCGCCCAGAGGAGCUGCCAGAGCCCCUGCGUGGAGGGCUGCCGGUGCCCCCCCGGGCUCUUCCUGCAGGACGGUGGCUGUGUGAAUGUCAGCCAGUGCCACUGCCACGUGGGCCCCGAGCCGCACCGUCCCGGGGAGAUGUUUCUGCGUGACAACUGCAGCCAGUGCGUGUGCCUGGACGGCGUGGUGACGUGUGACUCCGUGCCCUGCCCCAUGCCCUGCGGCUGGUCGGCCUGGUCGGCCUGGACGCCCUGCGACCGCAGCUGCGGCGUUGGCAUGCAGGAGAGGUUCAGGUCACCCUCCAACCCCACUGCAGCCAACGGCGGGGCCCCCUGCGAUGGGGACGCCCAGGAGGUGCGGGAGUGCCACACGCCCUGCCCCGCCGAGCCGCCCGGGCCCUGGAGCGCCUGGACCCCAUGGUCGCCCUGCUCCAAGACCUGCUUCUACGACGUGGACCGAGUCGGGGUGCGGAAGCGUUUCCGCCACUGCAACGGCACUGGGGAGCUCAGCGAAGGGGGCAGCUGCCAGGGGCCAUCCGUGCAGGAGGAGCCAUGUGACACGCCGCCCUGCCCCAUGGAGGGCGUCUGGACCCCAUGGACGGCCUGGUCCUCCUGCUCAGCCGCCUGCGACUCCGGUGUCCAGAUCCGCAACCGGACCUGCUCCAACCCGGCCUAUGGCGGGCCUGAGUGCUCGGGGCCCCUGGUCCAGACCCGCGACUGCAACACGCAGCCCUGCAAGGCGCUGUGCCCGGGGAACAUGGUGUACCGCACGGCCAAGGAGUGCCAAGAGCACGGCGGCGCUUGCCCACGGCUCUGCCUGGACCAGGACGUCGGCGUGGAGUGCGCCGCCCAUUGCUACGAUGGCUGCUACUGCCCUGCCGGGCUCCGGCUGCUCAACGACACCUGUGUGCCACCCACCGCCUGCCCCUGCCACCACCAGGGCCUGCUCUACCCACCUGGCACCACUGCCCCACUCGACGCCUGCAACAACUGCACCUGCAUCUCUGGGGAAAUGGUGUGCAGCACAGAGCCUUGUCCAGUGGACUGCGGUUGGAGCAGCUGGACGGUGUGGAGCUCCUGCAGCCGUAGCUGCAACGUGGGCACACAGCGGCGGUACCGCGCUGCCUCCCAGCCGCCUGCUGCCUUUGGGGGCCGUGAAUGCCCGGGCCCCAGUGUGGAGGUCACCUUCUGCAGCCUGCAGCCCUGCAAGGGUGCGGGGGCAGAGUGGGGUCCCUGGUCCGAGUGCUCGGUGCCCUGCGGGGGUGGCUACCAGAACCGCACGCGGGCCAGCGCCACCCUCCGCCGGGUUGAGUUCGCCACCUGCAACCUCCAACCCUGUGCUGGCGAGAAGCCCGGUGUCUGCCCGGCCGGGAAGGUCUGGCAAGAGUGCGCCGACGUGCCGGCCUCGUGCGCCGAGCUGAGCACAGCGUUCCUGGCCAACAGGACGUGCCACGCCGGCUGCUACUGCCCACCCGGUGCCAUCCUGCUGGACAACCAGUGCGUGGCAGCGUCCGAGUGCCCGUGCACCGAGGCCGGCGUGCUGUAUCGCCCCGGCGACACUGUGACCAGGGGCUGCGAGACCUGCUCCUGCGUAUUCGGCCGCAUCUCCAACUGCUCCCGCGGGCCCUGUGGGCAUGCGAAUGGCAGCUGGUCGGAGUGGACCCCCUGGAGCGAGUGCUCGGCCUCCUGCGGGCUGGGCCUCCAGAACCGGUACCGCUUCUGCACGGACCCCAUGCCCGCCGGCACCGGGCUGCCCUGCCUGGGCCCCGAGAGUGAGGUCCAGCCCUGCCACCUCCAGCCUUGCUCACGGAUUGGGGGCUGGGGUGCCUGGAGCCCCUGGGGCGAGUGCACCCGGAGCUGCGGUGGGGGCCUGCGGACCCGGACCCGCGGCUGCGACAACCCUCCACCCCAGGGCCAGGGCGACUACUGUGAGGGGACCCCCACCCAGGUGGAGGCCUGCCACCCCCAUGACUGCCCAGCGCUGGAGUGCACAGUCGUGAAGGGCUCCGUGUACAGCCGCUGCGGCCCCUCCUGCCCCCGCUCCUGCGAUGACAUCUCGCACUGCGUCUGGAGCUGCGAGCCCGGCUGCUACUGCACCCACGGGCAGGUGCUGAGCGAGAACGGCACAGCCUGCGUGGACCCACGGGACUGCACCUGCCUGGACCUGCUCAGCAGCCGCCGGCACCUGCCCGGCCAGACGGUGCCCCGGGGCGAUGGUUGCAAUCACUGCACCUGCACCAGGGGGAAGAUGCUCUGCACCAGCCUGCCCUGCGCAGUGCCCGGCGCCUGGUGCGACUGGUCCCCCUGGACCCCCUGCUCGAGGACAUGUGGUAGCGAGGCCACGACGCGGUACCGCACCUGCGCCUGCCCCCAGCCCCAGCACGGCGGCUCCGACUGCUCCGGAGACCAGGAGCGCCACGGGGACGCCGGUGUCCAGCUGCAGCGCCAGGACUGCCCCUCUGCCACCUUCUGCCCAGUGGACGGCGGCUGGAGCUCCUGGGGCCCCUGGUCGCCCUGCGAUGCCUGUGGUGGGGAGUCGACGCGCAGCCGGGACUGCAGCAGCCCCCCUGCCCGCUUCGGGGGCCUGCCCUGCCCUGGGGAGGCCUGGCAGAGCCGGCCGUGCCACGACGGGGCCACCACCUGUGAAGGCUGCGGUGGGGGGCAAGUGACCUUCUCCUGUGGGAAGCCGUGUCCCCGCUCCUGCGAGGACCUGCAAGCCGAUGCCGGCUGCCUGGAGAGCGCGCAGUGCCAGCCCACCUGUGGCUGCCCUGAAGGGCGGCUGCUGCAGGACAGAGCCUGUGUGAGCCCAGGGCAGUGCCGCUGCAAGUACCAGAACGGCUCAUGGGGGACUCCCGAAGACCGGACCUUGCCAGCCUGGGCCGGCCCUGCCCCAUGGGAAUACGUGCAGCCCGGAGAGACGGUGCACGGGCCCUGCCAGAACUGCACGUGCGAGGACGGGCACCUGCGGUGCCACGCCGACCCUGCCUGCCACCUGGAUGGGCACUGGGGUGCCUGGGGGCCGUGGUCGCCCUGCUCCCACCGCUGCCGGGAGGGCACCCAGGUCCGCGGCCGAGCCUGCGACAACCCUGCACCCCAGCACGGGGGCCGGGGCUGCGCCGGGGGCAGCCAGCAGCAGAGAGCCUGCCGGGGACAGCUCCCCUGCGAAGAGGAAGCACCAUGGAGCGCGUGGUCCCCGUGGGGUGCAUGCAGUGUCACGUGUGGCGGUGGGGAGCAGAUCCGCACCCGGGAGUGCCUCCGCCCCGGCUGCCAGGGCCUGUCUGUGCAGAGCAAGACCUGCAACACCCAAGUUUGCCUCGAGGUGGGCUGCCCGGCGGAGCGGCUGUACCGCGAGUGCCUGCAGGAGGAGGGCUGCCCCUACAGCUGCGCCCACCUGGCCGGACAGAUGGACUGUUUCUCGGACGGCUGCGAGGAGGGCUGCCACUGCCCCGCCGGCACCCUGCAGCACCGCGGCGCCUGCCUCCAGGAGUGCCCCUGCGUGCUGACCAAGGACAUCCUGUGGACGCUGCAGAACAUCUCCGCGGACCCUGGGGCCUUGCUGACCGCUGUGACUGUCCAGGGCCACCCCCUCGUGCCUGGCCAGGAGGUGCCGCACCGCGGCAGCCUCCACUCCGGCUGUAGCAGCUGCACCUGCCAGCACGGGCAGCUCAACUGCUCCUUCACCCCGUGCCCGCUGGAUGGGGGCUUCAGCGCCUGGAGCCCCUGGACCUCCUGCUCCCGAACGUGCGGCGGGCUGGGAAACAUGACGCGGUCACGGAGCUGCACCCGCCCCGCGCCCGCCCACGGGGGCAAGGACUGCAUCGGGCCCCGGAUGGACACCAAGUACUGCCAGACACCCGACUGUGCUGCGGUGGAAGGUCCCACGAAGGAGCCGGUGCCCAGUGUCCCAGGGUCUGAGGAGGGCUUCAGCCCCUGGUCAUCCUGGACGCCCUGCUCCCGGACCUGCACUGACCCCGAGCUCCCGGCCCUGAAGACCCGGACCCGGUUCUGCGCGGCAGGAGCCAACUGCACGGGGGAGGCCUUCCAGGAGCGGGCCUGCAACCUGCCCCAGUGCACAGACGUGCCCCCAUGCCUGGGUGAGGAGUGUGCAGGCAUGAAUUGCAGCUGGACAGGCUGGGGCCCCUGGAGCUCGUGCUCACGCAGCUGCGGCGUGGGGCAGCAGCAACGCCUACGUGCCUACCACCCGCCUGGCCCCGGCGGGCACUGGUGCGAGGGCAUCCUCAGCGCCCACGCCGAGCGCCGCUUCUGCAACCUGCAAGCCUGCAGAGUGGACGGGGCCUGGUCCAAGUGGAGCCCGUGGUCGUGGUGUGACCGCACCUGCGGCGGGGGUCGCUCCGUGCGCAGCCGCACCUGCACCCACCCCCCACCCAAGAACGGCGGGCGCCGCUGCCCCGGGGAGAAGCACCAUGUCCGUGUCUGCAACCCACGGCCUUGCGAGGAGGGCUGCCCACCAGGCAUGGAGAUGGUGGACUGUGCCAACAGGUGCCCACGCCACUGCGGGGACCUGCAGGAGGGCAUCAUGUGCCAGGACACGGAGGCCUGCGAGCCCGGCUGCCGCUGCCCAGACGGGACCCUGGAGCAGGACGGGGUGUGCGUGCCAGCCCAGCUGUGCGAGUGCACGGACACGCAGGGCCACAGCUGGGCACCGGGCAGCUUGCGGGAUGAUGGCUGCAACAACUGCACGUGCGUGGGCGGGCGGCUCAUGUGCACCAACCACACCUGCCCACCCUCCCACUGCGCCUGGAGCCACUGGUCCAGCUGGGCCGAGUGCAGCCUCACCUGCGGCCACGGCCGCCAGAGCCGCUUCAGGACGCCCACGUCGGGGUCGGAGGCGGCCGAGUGCCAGCAGGAGCAGCUGCAGAGCCGGCCCUGCGCCCCGGGGCCUUGUCCCCCGCUCUGUCCUCUCAAGGGCAGUGACCGGCACCUGGGAGAUACCUGGCUGCAGGGCGAGUGCCAGCAAUGCAUCUGCACCCCGGAGGGCAUCUACUGCCAGGACAUCACCUGUGCGGUGAAUGGUGCCUGGACGCCCUGGUCCCCCUGGUCUGACUGCCCUGUCACCUGUGGCCCCGGCACUCAGAUCCGCACCCGGGCCUGCCUCAACCCCCCGCCCCGCAACAACGGCUUCGACUGCACCGGCCCCGAAGCCGAGGCCCAGGACUGCCCCACGCCACCCUGUCCAGGAGCCGAGGAGUGUGUGUGGUCCAGCUGGGGUCCCUGCUCGCGGUCCUGCGGCCCGGGGCUGGCCUCCCGCAGUGGGGCCUGUGCCUGCCCCAUGCCGCAGGACCCUGGCGCCUCCUGCAACCAGAGCACCCGCCAGGAGCUGCAGCCCUGCUACCUGCGGGCCUGCGAAGAUGCCUGCUCCUGGAGCCCCUGGACGGCCUGGACCCAGUGCUCCUGCAGCUUCCUGGUGCAACAGCGCUACCGCAACCAGUGGGCUGCCGGCGGGGCCGCGGCGGCCGACGCCUGCGUGGGGCUGGACGGCCAGUUCCGCAUGUGCGACUACACCGAGUGCUCCGAGGCCAGCUGUGCACCGCCCUUCCAGUUUCGGGAGUGUGGCUCGCCCUGUGCCGGGCUCUGCUCCACCCGGCAGCACCAGGACCUGUGCCGGGACCUGCCCCAGUGCCUGCCCGGCUGCUACUGCCCGCAGGGCCUGCUGGAGCAGGAUGGGGCAUGCGUGCCCCCCUCGCAGUGCGGCUGCCUGCAGCCGGGCCAGCCCCACGGCCCCACGUACCUGGCGGCAGGAGACACCGUCCUCGUGGGCUGCAAGGAGUGUGUGUGCCAGGAGGGCGAGCUGCACUGCAGCAGCCAGAACUGCCAGGGGCUUCUCCCCCUGAGUGACUGGACUGAGUGGACGCCCUGCGGUCCUUGCCUGCCCCUGGCAGCGCUGGGCCUGGGCACCACGGCACUGGUCGUGGCUCAGGGCAGCGGCUGGCAGGACGAGGAGCCCAGCAUGGCCCUGGCCUCGGUGCAGCAGCGCUACCGCGUGUGCCUGGACCCACAGACGGGCUCGGCCUGGGCCGGCGAGGCGGUGCUGUGCUCUGCCCAGCUGCAGCAGGAGCGGCUUUGCCCAGACCCCCACAUCUGCGAUGACCCGUGCCAGUGGAGCCCCUGGAGCGCCUGGAGCCCCUGUCGCGAGCCCUGUAGCGGCGGUUUCCGCUUGCGCCGGCGCCAACCCCAGCACCUGGCCAGUGACAAGCAGUGCCGUGGCGCCUGGUCCCAGUCCGAGAGCUGCAACACGGCUGCCUGCCCAGGGGAGAAGUGUGAGGACCGGGGCAAGGCCUAUGCCCCAACCUGCGCCAACCGCUGCCCCCGGACCUGUGCUGACCUCUGGGACCACGUGGAGUGUCUGCAGGGCCCCUGCAAGCCAGGGUGCCGGUGCCCCGAGGGGCAGCUCCUGCAGGAUGGGGUGUGCGUGCCUGUGGCUGAGUGCCUCUGUGGACUCCCCAGUACCAAUGUCACCCUGGAGCUGUGGCCUGGGCAGGCCGCUGAGCUGGAUUGCCACAACUGCACUUGUGAGAACGGGACAUUCGCCUGCCCGGCCCCCGAGUGCCCAUCCUAUGGGCCCUGGGCCGGCUGGAGCCCCUGCUCCCAGAGCUGCGGGGGGGGCCGUGCCCUGCGCCACAGGCCCUGCCACGAGAGCCCCCACGGUGCCCCCUGCUCUGCCCAGGCCAUGGAGGAGGUGACAGUUUGCAACCCACAGCCCUGCGCCGCCAGCUGCCAGGUGAGCACAUGGUCGGCAUGGAGCCCCUGCAGCGCCAGCUGUGGCGGGGGCAUCUCGGAGCAGAGCCGGCACCUGCUGGACCCGGGUGAGAGCGGGAGCCAGGACUGCCCCGGCCUGCUGCUGCGGCUGCAUCGUCCGUGCAACACCCACGGCUGUGCCCCAGAGUGCCCAGGUGGCCAAGUGCACCGUGACUGUGCCAACGCCUGCCCCCGUGCCUGCUCCGACCUGCGCCCGGGCACCGCCUGCCAGCAGGAGCCCUGUGAGCCCGGCUGCGCCUGCCCACCUGGCCAGGUGGUGCAGGACGGGGCGUGCGUGCCACCAGAGGACUGCCGCUGUGCGUUAGGCCCCACGCCGCCCAGCCCCUGGUUCUCCAACCUGUCACGGGAGGAGCUGGAGAAGGAGCACGCGCCUGGCAGCAUCGUCCACCACCAGUGCAACAGCUGCGUGUGUCGUGGAGGUGCCUUCGUCUGCUCCCAGCAGGACUGCAAUGUGGACUGCCUGUGGGCGCCGUGGGCACCGUGGUCCUCCUGCUCGGUGACGUGCGGCUCGGGCGUGCAGCUGUCCCAGCGCCACCCGCUCCGGCAGCGCCUCUACGACGGGGCCGAGUGCCUGGGCCCCAACACGCGCCAGAUGCCCUGCAGCCUGCCGGACUGCGCCUGCCCCGUGGGGGAGCGCUGGCACCGGCCCGAGGCCACGGCGCCCUGCGAGCGCAGCUGCCAGGACAUCUACCAGGAGCCGGCGGCGGGGGCCUGCCCGGGGCAGGGCUGCAUGUGCGACCCCGGGCUGUACCGCAACGGCAGUGGACGCUGUGUCCCGGCUGCCCACUGCGAGUGCCAGCACCGCGGCCGGCUCUACCCGCCCGGCGCCGAGUGGCAUGAAGACUGCGAGACCUGCCGCUGCCUCAAUGGGAGAGGCGUGUGCAUGGCCGGCUGCCCCCCGCUUUCCUGCCUCGAGGGGGAGGUGAAGGUGCAGGAGCCGGGCAGCUGCUGCCCCGUGUGCAGGACGGAGUCGCUCGAGGAGCCGUCGGCCGCGUGCCAGCGCUACACUGAGGUGCGCAACAUCACCAAGGGCCGGUGCUCGCUGCGCGGAGUGGAGGUCAGCUACUGCCGUGGGCGCUGCCUGUCUCGCACCAAUGUCCUCCCAGAGGAGCCAUACCUGCAGACACUGUGUGACUGCUGCAGCUACCGCCUGGACCCCGUGAGCCCCGUCCGCCUCCUGAGCCUGCGCUGCGAGGAUGGGGAGGUGGAGCCCGUGGUACUGCCCGUCAUCCACAGCUGCGAGUGCAGCAGCUGCCAGGGUGGGGACUUCUCCAAGCGCUGAAGGCCCCAGGACCCCGGCUGCGUGGCCCCCCGGCAGGAGAUCGGGUGCCAAGGUGCUUCCUGGUUCCUGCCAUCCCCAAUGUGGUUGCACUCGGUAAUAAAAAGAAGA